AAUAACCAACUAUGUCCGUUUUAAAGGUUGCUUAUAUUCCAGAACAUUUCUCCACCCCCCUCUUCUUUGCCCAACAACAAGGAUUCUACCAAGCCAACGGUUUGUCCAUUGAAUUCGUCAAAGUUAUUGAAGGUAGCGGUCGUUUAAUCAACUUGUUAAAUGCAGGAGAAGUUGAUAUUGCCAUUGGGUUAACUGAAGCCUUUGUUGCUGAUUUAGGUAAGGGUAACGACAAGUACAAGCUAAUUGACACUUAUGUAUCUUCUCCACUUUUAUGGGCCAUCAGUACCGGUUUCAAUCGUGAUGAAUUGACCGAUGCCAAGCAAUUAGAAGGUAAGAAGAUUGGUAUCAGUAGAAUUGGAAGUGGAUCGCAAAUCAUGAGUUUUGUGUUGGCCCAUAGUUUGAAAUUUACCCAAGAAUUUUCUGAAUUCCCAAUCUUGAGUAAUUUCAAAAACUUGAGAGAUUCAGUUAAUCAAAAGUUUGCUGACGGUGAUGAAUUGAAAAACAGUGAUGCAUUCAUGUGGGAAUAUUUUACCUCCAAGAGAUACUAUGACAACCAUGAAAUUAAACAAAUUGGGGAAAUUUAUACUCCAUGGCCAUCUUGGGUUAUUAACGCCAAUGCUGAAUCCUUGGCUUCCAAGAAAACCGAAAUUAAGAAUUUCAUUGCUGCUGUUAAUCAAGGUAUCCAAUAUUACCAAGGACACAUUGAUGAAGCUGUUGAAUAUAUUUCUACUAACUUGGAUUAUUCAGCUGAAGAUGCCAAGGAAUGGACCAAGACUGUUAAGUUCAAUCAAAAUGUUGGUAAGGCUCCAUUAGAUUGGGAUUCAAUUGUGGUCAAGACUAGUGAAAUUUUGAAAUUAGCAGGUGUUUUAACCGAUUCUAACGAAGUUGUCUCCAAGAGAUUAGAGCAAACCAUUUUAAAGAAUAACCUUUAGUUAGUUUAUAGAACAAAAAAAAUACAUACGCUCUGUCCGUAGUGAAGUGUACCCUCCGGCUGAAAUUUUUAACUUGCAGCUAGACAAUUAGGCAAUGUCACACUGACCGUGAAACGUAUGCCCAUCAACGCAAUCAUUUGUACAACUACAUGAAUUGGACAUAUAUACAUACCUAUGCAUAUGAUUCCACUUGCAAGAUCGUACAGUGAUGCGAAUACUUACAAAAUAUAUAUAUAUAUAUAUCUAAGUCAAUACUAUAGCGGGAGCAUAGUUGUACAGUUUUCCGGUAACCUAAUUGAAUGUGCCAUUCUCAUUUUCACUGCAUAUAUUGCCUGUAUUACACAUACAUGGGUCUUUUUUUUUAAAUACAAUAUACACUAGAUAUAAAAUGAACCAAAUUAUAU